CCCUCAUUUUUCUCCCAUUCAUUCUUUUCUCAAAUCAAAACACUAUUGUUGCUUAGAAACUCAAACUAUGGGUGUAUUUCAUGGAUAGUUCUGCUCAGAGCUUUAAAAUGUUGUACGCACUACAGUUCUAUCUCAAAUGUUCAACUGGCAUAGAAAUUCAAUCCUCAAGGAGCUAAACAACUCUACUUAAGACAUCCACAUCACAGCUAACAUGAGGAUUGCAGCCCCUUCAAAGCAGGAAUAUACUUUAUAUUCAAUGCCAGAAGUCAUUUGCAGAUUCAUUCUUCAUCAUGUCAAACCCCUUACGAUGCAGCCCAGUAAAGAGUGAAUAAGAACUCAGAGCAUGAUGGGAAAGGAGAAGGACACUGCUCAGGACUCAUGUAGGCUAUCCACCGUGGGAACAGACGUCACCAAACGCAGCACGAGCAUUGUCAUCGGAACUGGAAGCUAACAGGGUCAAAAUGAAGAUGCCUGUGUUUGAGGAUGUAAAAGAUGAGACCGAAGAGGAAAAGGUAGAGGAGGAAGAAAAGCAGGAGGACAAGGUGUUUCUUAAGCCUGUUAUUGAAGACCUAAGCAUGGAACUGGCCAAAAAGUGCACCGAGCUCAUUAGUGACAUCCAUUAUAAAGGAGAGUAUAACAAGUCCAAGGACAAGUGCACCUUUGUGACUGAUACUCCUAUGCUAAACCAUGUAAAAAAUAUUGGUGCUUUUAUUUCUGAGGCAAAAUACAAAGGAACCAUUAAGGCGGAUCUUUCCAACUGUCUGUAUAAGCAUAUGCCGGCCACUAUUGACAGUGUCUUUGCAAGAGAAGUAUCCCAGCUUCAGAGUGAGGUUGCCUACAAGCAGAAGCAUGAUGCUGAGAAGGGGCUCUCGGAUUAUGCCCACAUGAAGGAGCCUCCGGAGGUGAGACAUGCCAUGGAGGUCAACAGACACCAGAGCAAUAUUUCUUAUAGAAAAGAUGUGCAGGACACCCACACGUAUACUGCGGAACUUGAGAGACCAGAUAUCAAGAAGGCUACUCAGAUCUCCAAGAUCAUAAGCAAUGCAGAAUAUAAGAAAGGGCAAGGCAUAGUAAAUAAAGAACCGUCUGUAAUUGGAAGACCAGACUUUGAACAUGCAGUGGAAGCCUCAAAGCUUUCUAGUCAGGUUAAAUAUAAAGAAAAAUUUGAUCACGCACUGAGGGAGCAAAGCCACUGCUACAACCCGCUGGACAGUGCUGCUUUCAGACAGCAGCAGCUCGCCACUGCCCUGGCAAGUGAAGUGAAGUACAAGAAAGACGUUAAAACUAUGCACGAGCCCGUUUCAGAUAUCCCAAAUUUGUUGUUUUUAGACCAUGCUCUGAAAGCCAGCAAAAUGCUCAGUGGAUGGGAAUAUAAAAAGGAUUUUGAAGAGAACAAAGGGAUGUAUCACUUUGAUGCCGAGGCCACUGAGCACCUACAUCAUAAAGGCAAUGCCACCCUCCAGAGUCAGGUAAAAUACAGAGAAGAAUAUGAGAAAAAUAAAGGGAAGUCCAUGCUUGAGUUUGUUGAGACACCAUCGUAUCAGGCUUCAAAGGAGGCUCAGAAGAUGCAGAGUGAGAAAGUUUACAAAGAAGAUUUUGAGAAGGAGAUUAAAGGGAGGUCCUCACUGGAUUUAGACAAGACUCCUGCAUUUCUACAUGUGAAGUACAUCACCAACCUGAUGAGAGAGAAAGAAUAUAAAAAAGAUUUGGAAAAUGAAAUUAAAGGGAAAGGAAUGGAACUUAGUUCAGAAGUUCUUGAUAUUCAGAGAGCAAAGAGAGCGUCUGAAAUGGUCAGCGAGAAAGAAUACAAGAAGGACCUGGAAUCGGAAAUUAAAGGGAAGGGAAUGCAAAUUGACAGUGAUACUCUUGAAAUACAACGUGCCAAAAAAGCUGCCAAGAUAGCCAGUGAGAAAGACUAUAAAAGAGAUCUGGAGACAGAAAUUAAAGGGAAAGGAAUGCAGGUCACCGUGGACACUCUGGAUGUUCGGAGAGCUAAGAGGGCAUCUGAAAUGGCCAGCCAGAAGCAAUAUAGGAAAGACUUAGAGAAUGAAAUCAAGGGGAAAGGGAUGCAGGUGAAUAUGGACAUCCCAGAUAUGCUUCGAGCCAAGAGGGCGUCUGACAUCUACAGCCAGAAAAAGUAUAAAGACAAAGCUGAGAAAAUGCUUCCCAAGUACUCCAUUGUGGUAGACACUCCUGAAAUCCAGAGAAUCAAGACGACGCAGCAGAACAUUAGCAAUAUAUCUUACAAGGAAGGAGUGGGAGCUGGCACCGCCCUAAGGAACACUCCAGAGAUUGAGCGGGUGAAGAAAACCCAGCACAAUAUCAGUUCACUCCAGUAUAAAGAUCAAAACUAUAAGGCCACUCCAGUAACCAUGACCCCAGAAAUAGAGAGAGUGAGGAGGAACCAGGAGCAGCUGAGUGCGGUCAAAUACAAAGGAGAGCUAAAACAGCCAACUUCCAUAUCGGAUCUACCAGAGCUGAAGAGAGUGAAAGAAAACCAGAAGAAUAUCAGCAAUGUUUAUUAUAAAGGUCAACUGGGAAGGGCCACGGCUUUAAGCAUAACUCCUGAAAUGGAAAGAGUAAAGAAGAAUCAAGAAAAUAUUAGCUCGGUGAAAUACACGCAGGACCACAGGCAAAUGAAAGGCAGAUCAUGUCUGAUCUUAGAUACACCUGCUUUGAGACAUGUUAAAGAAGCACAAAACCAUGCUUCCAUGGUCAAAUAUCAUGAAGAUUUUGAGAAGACAAAGGGGCGAGGCUUCACUCCCAUUGUGGAUGACCCUGUGAUGGAGCGGGCGAGGAAGAACACCCAGGUUGUGAGCGAUGCUGCCUAUAAAGGGGUCCAGCCUCAUGUCGUGGAGAUGGAUAGGAGACCUGGGAUCAUUGUGGCUCCUGUUCUUCCUGGAGCUUACCAGCAGAGUCACUCCCAAGGCUACGGGUACAUGCACCAGACCAGCGUGUCAUCCAUGAGGUCCAUGCAGCAUUCACCCAACCUAAGGACCUACCGAGCCAUGUACGACUACAGUGCCCAGGAUGAAGAUGAGGUCUCCUUCCGCGAUGGUGACUACAUUGUCAACGUGCAGCCGAUUGAUGACGGCUGGAUGUAUGGCACUGUGCAGAGAACCGGGAGAACGGGCAUGCUCCCGGCAAAUUAUAUUGAGUUUGUGAAUUAAUUCUUCCUCCUCGCCCUUUGAGCUUUAUUCUGAUGUAUUCUAAACCCAAUCUUUUUAAAAGAUAGAAGAUACUUUUCAGAUAACUUGGCAAUUAUUUUACAAUAAUGUACCCUUACUUUGACAAUUAGACACACAGGUACCAGGAGGAAGGAAUGACUUUUGGGCUGGAAAUAGCAGCAUCCAUAGUAAUUCCUGUAAAGAAAACCAUUAGGUCUGGAGACCUGGUGCUGCUAAUUGUGUUUGUGGUUUCAUUUAGUUGGCUAUUCAACCCUUCUGGGAAAUGUAUUUUUGUAGACUUUAAUAGAGAUGUUGAUUGUCCCUUACAUGUAACAAGUGUAUGAAACUUCUUAGCUGUCACCUGGAAUCAUCUGAAGCCAAUUCUCAUAGUCUAGCAACACAGCCAAUAAUUUAAAAAUUGUUCAGCUUUUGAAUCAUUGGGUAAUUUUCAAUUCAAGUGAGAAUUGCCUAAUAUAAUAAAUGGGAGCAGUGGCAGAAUGAAUCUGGUUAAAAUCAUAUUGACCGUAGCCUUUGGGAGCAGGCAGGAAACUUGCCCUUUCCCUAGGCUCCCCAGGAUCUAGUUAAUUCUCAUUGUUUCAGGGUAUAGCCUAUAUUUCUCAGUGUUUCUUGGUAUUUCACAUGCGUUUCAUGGCGCAGUCAAUCUCCAUUUACAUUCUGUAGGACAGAGCACAUGCUUAGGUCCCCAGACCUUCAGGACCGGUAACUUCACAGCUACUCUGCAAAGGGCAAAGUUCAAUGUCAUCUGUAUUAUUUCCCUAGUAGCCUCUAUCCUGUUGCAUGUCUAGUGGGCUUAAGCUUCCGUAACAUGGCAGCUGCUUGCCCAUCCUUGUUAUAAAAGUCAGCAGUGUGGCUGAUCUUGCCCUGCCCUUUGUUAUAGUUGCCAGCUCAUAAGAAAACAUUUUGAAAAGUUGCUUGAGACUUUCUUGCUGUAUUAAACUCUAGCUUUGAAAGACUCAUGCCUGAGGAAAUACACAUAUACUCUAGUAAAUUAGAAGACUUAUGUAUUUACUGGAUAGCUUUUGCUCACUUAAUGCUACUACCAUUGAUUUAAAAGAGCAGUGAAUUGGACAGCAUUCUCUGUAAGGGGAAAUGGACUAUACAGUAUAGCGGAGGGAAAGCAAAAUACAAAACAGUAAGUAGAAGUUUGCGCCACAAUUCAACGAUUUGAUCUUAUAUUUUGACAAUUGGUCUUCAGACUCUGGGAUGGAAAUAUAGUCACUAAGUAUAUCUAUAAAAAGGAUUCCUUUCCCAACCUUGGUUUUCAUUUACUUUCAGGAUUAGAUAAGAAAAUCAUCAGAGAUUUUUCUUUCUUUUUUUUUUUUUUGGUGCAACCAACAGAUGAUUCACUAAGAAAGAAAUAGAUGUCUUGUUUUGAGAGAAUGUUCAGGGUUUUUAUAAGUCAGAGCCCCAAGUAGAACCAUUACUAUUGUAUCUUAAAUUUUCUCUGCAGUCUGCAGUCGAAGUUAGUGGAUUUGAUGUUUAUCAAACUCUGUUUUUCUCAUGGUGCCUCCUACUGUGACUUGAAGCAGGGUGGCAUUCAUUUGAGAUGUGAAACAGGAGAGAUCAGUCACAAAAUUGUGAGAAGAUACUGGGAUUGUGGGACUAUCCACCCAAUGUGUUCAAGGAAAUUAACAAAGCACCCACCAGUGAAAAACAUUUGAAUGAAAUGUUUAUAAGGCCAAACUCAAAGCUGAUUUAUUGAAAACUUUGAAAGUGAGUUCAUACUUUUGAAAAUCAGUAGUUUCAUUAGAUUUGCCUUAAAGAAAAGUUUUAUUACACUGAGCUGUGUUUCUGUGAUACCGAUAGAAUAUUGAAAAGAAAAAAUAACUGAGAUUUCCCUGGAAAGGGUUUUUAUAGCUUUGUAAAUAAAGAGCUGAGCUAAUUUUCUGUCAUUUGAAUAACCAGUCAUGAUUAACCUUCCCAACUGUUUUCAUGUCUUGAACACACCUAAAAAAACCAAACUGCACCUGCAAUAAUUUUACAAGCAUCUUAAAACUAAUAGCAAGAGUGAUAAGCUGGCUCGUUUAUGUUAUGUGUCUUUAUGCUUCCCCAGGCAGACCAUUUCUGUGUGUUUGUGAUUAUUAAAAAAGAGAGUCGUUGUUGAUUAAAACUUCAGGCUAAAUGAAGGGAAGGUAUGAUUUUUGAUAAUUGUGUGCAGGAAGCUCAACCGAAGCCGACUUUGAAAUGAUGUUGGACAUCAGCUAGUCUCCACAAAGUAUCAGCUCAGUGGCCCACGUUUUUGGCACUCAUCAAUUUCAAAGUCAGAUUUGAUGGAUGUGAAAGUCGGUCCGUAUUUUGGAAAUAAGUGUCCUAAAUGUUGAGCUAUACAUAAUGUUUGCAUAGCAAGAGUUUUCUAUUUUAAGUCUUUCUGAAUUAAAAUCUGAUCUGGACUCAAUAAGGGGCAGUUAUUCUCAAUACAGACUGAGGCAGAACCAGACAUUGUAUGCUCUUGAUACUUGUGACACUGUUACCAGCACAUGUAAGGAUGUUACCCACCUCGUCAGAAAAGAGGAGCCCAGAUGUGUCAUAUCCAGAUGCCAUCUUUUUCAGCAUCAUUAGAAAACACUUUAUUUUUUUUUUAUACACUCUCCACAUGCCUCCCUCCCCCUUGGAGUUUGGCAGCCAGUAUCUCACGUGUAACACUGACAGCUAAAGAUGAAUUUAAAAACAAGCCCUUUAGAAAUCAAGCUAAGGGAAACUAAAUGCCAAGCACAGAGAGCGUGCACCUGUUCCUAAAUGCGGUGGUUUCUCAAGCCUGACAGAUGCACAGGAAGAUGCUUGAGAUACUUCUCAAGGACUCUGGAGACAAAUGUAUUUGGUUCAUGUUCCUCUUGAGAAAAGUUUAACAACAGAAUAUAAUGCUUUUGUUGUAAGCUUUUGUAGUAGAUUUGAAAAAACUUUCUUUUUCUCCAGAGAGCUUACUAUUUCUAACCUGUGACAAAAUGAAUACUUCAUGUCCUCAUUGUGUUCCUAUGUGUGCAGCAAACCCAGUUUGGAAUUUCGAUCUGGUUGUCCUUCUUCAUGGAGCCCCUGCAUCUUCCCAUGUAUCUCAGCCUCCACAGAGCAUCUAGGAAUGUCUAAGCACAAUUUCCCCAAGCACCCUGUGUGGGCAUGGGUGAUAUUAGAACAGUCCCUCUCUCACCAAGGCCCUUUGUUUCAAGAUGAUGAUGUCAUUUGGCCAGUUUUACUAAAGUCUUUCAUUCCAGAUCUUUGUUCUGAGGUUCAUAACACUCCAGGAAUGCUGGGAAAACCUUUUCCACAAAUGACACACCCAGUGUUCAGGUUCCUCCACCUCUAGUGGAAUGCUUUCAGUGAAAUAAUAAAGAAUAUAAGUGUGAUCUUUAAUAAUGCAGCCCUAUAUACAGUGGAUAUAGUUUAUACUAAUGUUCUAAUAUAGAUAUAUACAAAAUAGGUGCCUUUUUGAUUAUACUUGUUUAUCAUUAUGGUCUUGGAAAGGAAACCAAGCAAGUAAGCUUCUGCAUAUUCUAUAACAAUAUUUUAUGAUACAUGAUUGCUAUUUUUGUGGUGAGAAGUGGGAUGCACCAAAUGAAAGAUGUUGCAGGUUGUAUUUUCCUUCUUAAGGUUUAGAAAUUUAGAAAAUACUGACUUCUUCCAUUUUCUGAAAAGUUGGUUUUUUUCUUGUGGAUUUAUAUAUAGUUGAGAAAUAUAAGCAUUAAGUUUAAGUUUGGGGUUUAAAAUAUUUAUGGUGAGAUAGAUUAGUUAUAUUAUGAGGCUGAAUUCACUGCGUAUGAUGAGCUUUAUGACUUGAUCUUGUGUUAACUGUUUGUCUCCGAUAAUCUGAAUGUGGCUGCAUUGCACUUGUAUGGGGUAAUACAACAUGAUGAGAAAGCUUUAGUUGAGUAGGAAGCUAUGUAAAUUAAUUUAAGAUGCUAAAAUGAAAAACUCUCUGAAGGAUUCCAUGCCCCUUAGGUCCCUUUUUCAGGCAAGUAGCUGUUAAUAACGGAUGACCAAAAGAGUCAAGACAUUGUGGGUAUAUUCUGUGAUCAUCAUUCCAGGGCACAUAAGAUGCUAGACUCCUCAUGCUUCCCUGGGAAAAUAUCCUCCCCAACUGUCUGUGACCAGUCUAUCCCCAGGAUUCCACAUGCUUACUGUGUCUGAUGUAUGGUAUCCUGUUGCAUAGCACACACAUUACUGUUGUCAAUUAUUGUUAAAGAUGGUUUCCUUUAAAGGAGAGAGAGAAAACUGCAAUGCAGCCGCCUUCCUUUGUGUUCAUCCAAUGGAUUGCUAAGCAUUUUGCAAGUGUGUAACAGGCAUGAUAUUUGUGGAACUGUUGGCUUUUGACCUGUGAUAAAAACACGAAUUGGAAUGGUGUACUUUGGAUUCUGUUUGCUUUGAAAUAUGUACAAUUGUGGUUGGUGAUUAAUUUGUAAAACUGUACUAACUUUGAGAGCAUAAUGAUUUUGAAAGAAGCAGUAAAUGAUUUUCCUUGGAAGGGGAAUCAUAGAAUGAUAUAAGGUUAUUAGUAUAAUUUGGCUUUUGUUAUGCAAAUUGUUAACACCAGCUAUUAAAAUAUAUUUUAGUAGAAAUGCUUUAAUUCAUGUUUUUUUUUCCUCUACACUGUGAAUCUUUAAGCCUUGGUGGACCAGAGGCACAUUGUGAUGUCAAAGGACUAACCUAUGCAAAUGAGUUCACAUCUUAUUGCUGUCACAGUAAACAUGUGCUAAGAAAUGAUUUCUCCUCAUAAUAUACAGCAGCAUUGAAAUAGCACAGAAAGCCUGGCCUCCCAUGCAUUACACUGCAGUCCCUCAAAAUCCCUUCAAGGCCACCAAAACCAUUAGCAUUUGUGGAAAUCAGAUUGCUAUCUAUUGAAACUACUUGAAUGACGCCAGGAGGAAAAUGACAGUGGCUUUCAUAGAACUAUGUUCUCACAUAUUCUCUCUUCAGGGUCUUGGUAUUCUGUGUCUACUACAUGUGUUUGUAAAGGAUUUAUGAUGCAUUAAUUUCCUAUCAACACAUUUGGUUUGCUUAAAUAAAUACAGAAUGUAACAAAAGUGUUUGACUUCUUGGUUGUCACCAUGGUUUCUUUGGAGCACAGGUCAUUGGGUGCAGGUAGUGCCCUGUGAGUUCCUCAUGAUGACUCUCAUGCAGUCACAGGAUAGAUGUGUGAUGGCAAAUAGUGCAUUUGUUUUUGAAAAGCUGUGCAGAGUGUGUUUCCCCAAACUAAUACAGUUUUAAGUAAUAAUAAUAUGCUUUUUAAACCCACAGUCUUUCUGAUUUUACACCAAAGUACUGCUGCAAUGCAUCUUGUUAGUUAACUUUUUUCAAAACUAAAAUCUUCACUGGUCUAGUGUUGGUUUUCAUGUAUCUGCAAGAUGAAGGAAAUGACUUGGAGGAGGGAAAGAGCACAGAGGAUACUCUGAUUUUUCAUCUAGGAAUGACUCUUUAUCAUAGAUCAUAAUUACUUCCAUUCUCAGAAUGGAAAAGUUAGUUAAGCUCCUAUUUUUACUCUCAUCUACAUUUCAGUAAAUUGGAUCUUGGUUUGAUCGUUUACUUUUGUAAAUGUCUCUAACAUAGUGCUUCCAAACUGUGGACUGAUAAAUCUUGUAGACAGACAAAUUUAAAACAGGUCAAUCAAGAAGCUUUGCAAAUGGCAUUUGCUCAAAGAGUAAACACUUCUACCAAAUCUUGAAUGUUCUGUUUUUCACAUUCUGUAAGUAUGGAUCGAAUAUCUAUGGCAUUAUGAAUCAAACAUACUCAAGUUAUUUAAAAUUAUAAAAUAAAUA